AGCAACAGGGGUAUUUAAUGCUUGUUCCUCAUCUCCUUUUGUUGAACCCAAAACCACCAGUGGAUGCUAACGAUACGUUGCUUUCACGUCGUAUUGCUUGCAUCGCAAGGGGCCCGAUCGGCGGUCCAGAUGUCUCGGACGCUCCACUCCCUUAAUCCUGGCCGUCCGUCAUUAGAACAGGUGAGAUUCAUGGCACGUAUGGGAGACAGGUUCUGGUAAAACGUGAAACUGACGGCCAUGGCUGAUAUAGAGGUCCCGCCCUUUAUCAGUCUCUCGCUUGUAUUAUAAGCCUCCUUUCCAGGCCUUGGGUUUUUGGCCGGAAUUUGCAGAAAUAGUCGAUUAACGGGAGGUAUUGCAGAGAAAUUGGCCGUAAAUUAGGGCUAUCGGAAAGUUUUCGCCGGAUUUCUGCUACAUUCCGCUUCGGAUUGGCCGGGAAAAGCAGGGAAUAGUACUGAAAAGCAGGGAAAAGUACUUUUGGAGAAUUACGGUUGAAUUCUGGUCAGACUCUGAGUGAAAACACAGUGCACAUUGUCCUAGAAAGGGCUGUUUUAUGGAGAAUUUCAGUUGAGUUAAACAAGAGCAACUGAAUAGUAAAUGGAGUGAGCUAGGGUUUACGGCAUAAUUCACAGGAAAAUUAGUUUUACACAAAAUUGUGUCCGGCCAUUAUAUACCAGUGUGUCAUUUUAGUUCAUUGAACAAAAGACACAGCAAAAUUGUGAAUAUUAGAGCAAAAUAAUCCUUGUAAUGGUGCUCUAGUCACACUCGUCUGUUAAAUGCUCAAACCCUAGCUAGAGUUGAAGGCAUUUCUCACCGGAAUUCGAUCGCAAAAUUAUUUCCGGUGCCUGUUAAAGUUAAAGCCGUUUAUGGAUUCAUUGCCUGAAUCCUCGACGUCCAUUCCCUUUGCUCAAGGAGUUUCAGAGCCCUUCCACUUUGGAGAAGAAAUACGAGGAUUUUCGAGCGAGAAUCAUCUUGAUAGCAGCUCCUUUACUGCUCUUUUAGGGCUUCAAUCAAGCGAAGCUCUAGUACUACUGCACCCACCAAUUUCCGGGCAAAAUAUCAGUGGAAAAGGAAAUUCCGGCCAAAACUACUCCACUGUACUAAAUCACGGCGAAGUUUCAACCACUUUGCCGGCUAACGCCAGCCUUGUGGAGAGGGCCGCCAAGUACUCGGUAUUUGCAACUAAGGCCGAGUCGGAUAUAGCUCCGGGAAGUUUCUCCAUCGAAUCGAAUUCCGGCGAUACGUCGGGAAAGUUCGCUGGAGAUUCCGACUCCCAAUCAAAAGAGGGAUCGUAUGUUGCCGUUGACGAUCGGACGGUGACGAUUUGCUCGAGGGAGAAGCAGACGAUGAAGAGGAAAGAGGCGGACCAGCUCAAGGCAUUUGAGCGGUUGUUGCAGGUAAAAGCUGGCACAAAGAAGAGCAAGGGAGAUGUGGAGAACGGACGCGGGGCUGGUUCGGAUGAGAACGUGACCAGGUCACCAGAGAAGCCCGCUUACGUUCAUGUCCGGGCUCGCCGCGGCCAAGCAACGGACAGUCAUAGCUUGGCAGAAAGAGCGAGGAGAGAGAAAAUCAAUGCCAGAAUGAAACUCCUGCAAGAACUGGUUCCUGGUUGCAAUAAGAUUUCUGGGACGGCUUUGGUUCUGGACGAGAUCAUCAAUCAUGUUCAAUACCUCCAGCGCCAAGUGGAAUUUUUGUCAAUGAGGCUCGCUGCUGUUCACCCAAGGGUGGUAGACUUUAACUUCGACAGCUUCCUCUCCUCCGAGCCUUUUCAGCCAUUUUCUUUGGGUUUAACGGCGAGUAACGGCGUCAUGGCGGCGAGGGCGGAAGAACCAGCGUGGUCUCCUGUCCAAGUUAACGGAGUUCAACGGCCAUGGCCAACUGCCACGUGUGCAAAUCAGUACGAAGGGACCCACUCUUUCUCCGUUCCCCAAAACCCUCCUCCGUCUUUGGCAAAUUCAGGCACCCCUUCAUUGCGACCCAACCAGUUGAAAAUGGAGCUCUGAAGGCUGGCGCACCGAGCUCCAAUAAUGUAUAUACAUAUGUAUUAUGGAGACAUAGGUGCAGUAUUAGAUGAUUAGUCUAAUUAUUCUAGGGUCUCAGUACGCAGAGUUUUAGAGAGAAAAACCCAGCUUUUAUUUUGGGAGAGAAGUUACCAAUCUCUAACACUGUCUAAUUUAUUCUCGUGGCUACUAAAUAUUCUUAUAUUUGACUGGUUUUUAAUGGAAUUUGUCAGGAUUUCGGAUUUA